AAUAAAAUUGGAUACUUAGAAGUUUGGGACAAAUUAGCUCUGGGGAAACCUGAACAAUGCAGCUACUGAUUUUAAGUAUUUUGUUUGGGUUAAUUAUACUUGCUCUAGGUGAAAAAAUUUCGAUUCGCUCACUACAAGAUAAGGAUGAGAUUCUUAUGAAAAAUAUAUCAGACCUCCAUUUCCAACUUUUUUCCUCCCUUCAAGAGAGAGCAAAAAUUUUAAAGACGGCUGUAUUCAAAACUCAGUGCUCUGAAUCAGGUUGUACAUUUAAUGUCUGCAACUCCAAAAAGCCGAUACAACCAGUUUGCAGUUCGGGAUGGAAGCGGUACAACAAACAUUGCUAUCGUCUGUUCAGUACAAAGAUGAAUUGGUUUCAAGCACAGAUGUUUUGCAGAAAGCAAGGGACCACUCUUCUGCAAAUAAAUGAUGCAAGAGAAAGCAUGUGGCUUUUAAAGAAUUUCCCAAAAGUUCGAUACUGGAUUGAUCUGACCGACAUUGGCAAGGAACGGACAUGGAUGUCAUUGUCUACUGGAAAAGGGCCAACAUUUACUAAUUGGGCCAAAGGACAACCAGAUUACGGGAAAUUAAAACAACACUGUGCUUAUUGUGCCAAUUGGUCAGGGCGUGGUGAAUGGGACAAUGGGGAAUGUGACUAUAAAACUCAAGUGAUAUGUGAAUUAUCAGGAUCUGGAUUCUGAUAUUUUAUGAAGGCGGGAAAAUAAAAAUGAAAUUACAAUCACACAUAUUUCAUUACUUUAUUUUUGCUUACC